GGCAAACGGUGGCGUUUCCAUAGCAACGCUACAUGCAAAUAUCCGAGCCUACGGGGCAUGGCAGAAAUGAGGAACAGAAAUGAGAAGCGAAUGAGGAACAAAAUCACGUAAUGUUGGAAGAAGACGGACGGUGAAUUGCAUAAGACGUGUGACAUUUUGCUGAACGAGGUUUCGCUACUUUUGGGUCAGACUCCAAAACGUACGUCGAACUCGGGUGAAUUACAGUCCGCCAGUGUUGAGUGACAGGCGGAUUUACUGUGGGAAAACCCGGGGUCGUGUUUACCCCCUGUAGCUGGAUUUGUCAGUGGCGGAGGAGCACACGAUGAGCGUCGGUAGCCUGGGCGAAGAAGCCCUGAACAGGCUGUCGGUGAUGUUGGACAACGCCACCUGUGGAUGGAGGCAGCUGGCCAGCAUGACGUCCGAGCAGCCGAAAUUCCGCUGCAGUGAAAACGAGCUCACCAGCUGCUCACUCCAGGUGUUGAAGCCUCAAGGCAGCUCUGGACGCACUCUCCUGGCUUGGCUGGCCGAACGAUCCUGUUCUGUGGACUUUCUGCUCCACUGUCUGAGGAAGAUGGAUCACCAGGAAGCUGUGCAGUACCUCACCGCUGUGGCCGAGGGCAUUCAGAUCGUUGUGCAGCCACAGUCCCAACAGGCCGUGCUGGGAGGCAGGCUGGUGUUGACCUGCAGAGCCGCUGGUCCACCUGGACUCAGCUAUCAGUGGUUUAAAAGCAAAGAGGAGAUUUUGGAUGAGACUGGGAGUACGCCAGAGCUGGUUCUCUGUCCACUGGUUCCAGUUCACCAGGGUCACUACAUCUGCAGGGUCAACCUUGGAGAAAACUGCGUCUUCUCCCAGUGGGCUCGUGUGAGCUUAGUUGAUUCUUCAGCUUCUAGUCCAGGCUGGAGCACCAGCCUGUUCCCAGGCUCAGUGAGCGGGCUGCGUAUCACCCAUCAGCCGGAGCCCCAGACGGUUGCCGAGGGCGACACUCUGUCGCUCAGAUGCAACGCAGAGGCCAAUCCUCCCGCUCGGUAUGAGUGGUACCACAACAAGCUGGCCAUGCCACAACACAAGACUCCUUCACUCAAGAUUCCAUGUGUGACCACAGCAAACAGAGGACAGUACAGAUGCAAGGUGUUUAAUUUGUAUCAUACGGCUUGGAGUGAUACAGUAAAGGUCACCAUAGGCCCUAGUUCCAUUGCCUAUGCUUCCUGGGUUGAAGUUGAUGAUGGACGAGAGGAAGCCCACAGUUCAACCACCAGUUCAGAAGUACACACACGAAAAGAGAUGCCUGAUAAUCCACUGCCUGAUACGAGAUUCUAUGCCACAGACAAAGUUGCUCUUCUGAUCGGCAACAUGAACUACCUCUACCACACUCAGCUGUGCGCUCCCAUCGCAGACGUCUAUGAGUUGACUAACCUUCUCAGACAGAUGGACUUCAAGGUGGUUUCCCUCCUUGACCUCAACUGGCAGGAGAUGCACAGCGCUGUUACUGAGUUCCUAUUGCUGCUUGACAAAGGAGUCUAUGGCUUGCUUUACUUUGCUGGUCAUGGUUAUGAGAAUUAUGGUAACAGCUUCAUGGUUCCCAUCGAUGCGCCGACUUCCUACACGUCAGAUCACUGUUUGUGUGUUCAGCAUAUACUCACUAGGAUGCAGGAGAAACAGACCGGGCUCAACGUGUUCCUGCUGGACAUGUGUCGCAAAAAAAAUCCAAAUGAUGACAUCAUUGUACAACCAGGACUGCUGAAGGUGACAGCAAACAUAGUUUUUGGUUAUGCCACAUGCGUAGAUGCAGAAGCAUAUGAAGUAAAGAGAGAAGACGUGUCCAACGGCAUUUUUAUAAAUUUCCUCAAAAAGAGGGUUUGUGAAGAUGAAAAGGUCACAGUCAUGCUCGACAGAGUGGCUGAAGACAUGGGUCGCUGUGCGAUCACACAGGGGAGGCAGGCCCUGGAGCUCCGCAGUAACCUGUGUGAACGCCGCUCUCUCACAGAUCAAAUACAGCCCUCUGAAUGCUCCGCCUCCUACUCGGCUCGCAACCUGCAGUGGGCGGUCGCUCAUGUCCUACCUAGGAGCCAUCGCCUACGGUUUGACUGUGGUGUGGUGGUUCAACUUGGGUUCGCCGCUGAGUUCUCCAACAUCAUGGUUAUCUACACUCGGAUACUUGAGAAGCCCAAAGAAAUAGUUUCCUGCACUGCUCAGCUUACGGACUUCCCUGAGGACGUCGACAUUGAUUUAAAGAAGACCAACCAGGAAACACUGCUUGAAGCAGGCAGUUUAUUAUUGUUUAGAGAAAAUCUUCCUUCACCCGAGGACCCCAGUCUCUACACACGCAUCUGCCGCCUGCAGAGUCUCAAGAGGGAGCUCAAAUUCAUCGUCUGUCUUCAUUACUCCUAUUCCAACAUGGAUGAAGAAGUAGAAGAGAGGCAGUCAGUAACUGUUGGAAAACCUCUGGUCUCCAAACUCAACCUCCAUGAACCACGACUGCCUCCAUCUGCCUCCUCAUCCCUCACUCUCGACUCGUUCAGCGUACCAGAGUGCCCCUAUUCCACAGAUGGCUUCACCUCUGUAGGCUCGACCUCAAACACAUGGUCUAAUGCUGAGAGAGAGGUUUCCACCACUGAUUUCCCAUCUUCCACCAAAGGUGUCAGUAUACCCGAGGAAACUGACUGUCCUGACUUAUUUGACGCCCCUCAACCUCUUGUUGUCAGCACAAGUUUGUCCCUCAACCAAGUAAAUGACUCCAGUUACAAAUUUAGUGAUAUGUACAAUUUUCACUCUUACUAGGCAAGUAGAAUGUUAGGUUCACUAUUACACACUAAUAAACCAGCAGGAGGCCUACACCAUACAAAAGGUUGAAAUGGGGGGAAAAGCUUGUAAAUUUAACAUUUCAUUAAAAAUGACCAUGGUCUACAUUGUCCAUUUAGUCAUGAUUGUUUGGUGCCCAUUAAGUAAUGUCAAAGUUCUCAAAGUGGAUUGAUCAUAAUGCAUUACAGUUAUUAUUGCACUGCAGAUUAAUGUCCUGUUUGUAAAAGGUAAAAAAAUUACUGUAUUUAAAUUCUAUAUUACGGUUAUUACUUAUAUUUAGUUGGGGUGUAUGUGUACAAUAGUAAAUGUUUCCCAUGUACUUUUUAAAUAAAGAUAAGUUUCCA